CAUGCGCACGGAGUAGCCAAGUGCAGAGUUGUGUGUCUGCCUGUGAGCUCGUGUCGAACUUGCUUUCUUCAAUAGCUCUACACCACACACACGUGUAACCGGUGGUCACGUGUACACGCACGCGUGUACACGUGUGGCCGUAUGUAUACCUGCUUGCUCCAUAUGUGCAACCGUGCAUGGUACCGACCUUCAGUGGAGCGAGCCUAGCGAGUGAUUCGCACAGAGACUCCUCGACUCGCCUUGUCUGCCAACCGCGUUCCACAUGGAUGGUUUCCGUCUCUUACUCCCUUCUCGCAAGACGGUCGUUCAUGCGAAGCGGCUGACUGCUGCUGCAGGAGGUGCCGUGAAGCGACGUUCACCCGCUUGAUGUGCCAUCCACCGUCGCUACGGUCCUUGUUCUAAAAAAAAAACCAUCUCGUUGCUGACGGCGGUCACUCCUGGUGGUUUGAAGCUGGAGCACGGCCUCGGAUAUGGAUUACGUCCGUGCUGUGCUACUCGCCGCUGUGGGAGCCGCAUUCAUGUUCGGUUGGACCCAGGUCGCUUCUCCAUCGGGCAUCUUCGAGUUGCAAAUCGGCACCUUCAGAAGCCCCCGCGGCGAGCUGCUCAGCGGCGAGUGUUGCGACGGCGAGAGAGACAAAGGCGGCCGAGCGUGCGCGGAGCAAUGCGACACAUUCUUCACGGUGUGCGUCCGUCAGUAUCAGGCUGCCUCCUCGCCCGGCCGUCCCACUCCGUGCGUCAUGGGGAACGCCUCGACCCCGGUGAUCGGAGGAAACAACUUUGACCUCAAUAGUCUCAGCGGUCCCAACAUCGGACGCGUGAGCAUCCCCUUCAGGUUCGCGUGGCCGAGGGCGAUCACCCUGAUAUUGGAGGCCUGGGAUCAGGACAACGGCACUUCUGGGGGUCAGCUGAUCGCGCGUGCCACCUACUCGGGGCUGCUGCUGCCCACGGAGCUCUGGCACACGGAGUUGCACUCGGGCCCACGCGCACAGCUUGAGUACCGCGUGCGCGCCCUCUGCGACCCGCACUACUACAGCGCCAACUGCACGCGCCUCUGCAAGCCCCGCAACGACUACUUCGGCCACUACUCGUGCGACGGGCUCGGCGGGAAGGUGUGCAUCGAGGGCUGGGCCGGACCCGACUGCAAGAAAGCGAUAUGCCGGCAGGGAUGCAGCGCACAGCACGGCGCCUGUGAAGUGCCCGGGGAGUGCAAGUGCCAGUACGGCUGGCAGGGCUCCCUGUGCGACCACUGCGUGCCGCACCCGGGUUGCGUGCACGGCAGCUGCUCGAAGCCCUGGGAGUGCCACUGCCAGACCAACUGGGGAGGCCUCCUCUGUGACAAAGACUUGAACUACUGCGGGCGGCACCAGCCAUGCCAGCACGGCGGCACGUGCUCCAACACGCAGCCCGACAGCUACGAAUGCGCGUGUCCCGACGGAUUCUCCGGCUCCGAGUGCCAAAUCGUGGAGCGCGCCUGCCUCUCCGAUCCAUGCCUCAACGGCGGCACCUGCGCCGAGACGGACGCUGCGUUUGAGUGCGCGUGCCCGGCGGGCUGGAGUGGCAAGACGUGCGCGCAAGACGAGGACGAGUGCGAGCAGAGCCCCUGUGCCCACGGUGGGGAGUGCGCAAAUCAGCCGGGCGGAUUCAUCUGCAGCUGCCCUCCCCAGUGGACCGGACGCACGUGCCUCGUCGACGCCGACGAGUGUGAAGACAACCCGUGCAAGGGCAACGCCAAAUUCUGCAAGAACCUGUUUGGCGGCUAUUAUUGCGAGUGCCUGCCCGGCUGGACGGGCCACGACUGUGACGUCGGUGUCGACGAUUGCCAAGGACGGUGCUUAAACGGCGGCACGUGCACGGUGGAAGCGGAGAGGGGAUCGCGGUGUUCGUGCCGGCCCGGCUACACGGGGCGCCGCUGCGAGAAACCCAUCGACGGGCCUGAGAACUGCACAGCGGCCGUGGCGAACAGAACGGCGGGGGGUCCGGCGGCAGUGCCGGCGGUGGCCGUCGGAGACUCCUGUUGGAACGGAGGCUCGUGCGUGUGGCAGGCUGGCGCUCUCCGCUGCGUCUGUCCCGCCGGCUGGGAGGGGGAGCUUUGUGAGCGCGCUGUGAGCCGCUGCGACCCGAACCCCUGCCAGAACGGCGGGCAGUGCCGCGACCUCGCUGGGGACUUCUCGUGCCAGUGCGAGGCCGAGUGGACGGGCAGCACCUGUGGUUCCAGUGCGAACGACUGCGCUUCCCGCCCGUGCCACAACGGCGGCACGUGCGUCGAUGGAGGGGACUGGUACCUCUGCGAGUGCGCUCCGGGAUUCUCGGGGCCCGACUGCCGCAUAAACGUGAACGAGUGUCAGUCGUCCCCGUGCCCGCGCGGGGCCUCCUGCGUCGAUGAGAUUAAUGGCUACAGGUGCGUGUGUCCUCCGGGACAGCCCGACUCCAGCUGCCACCGACCCGCCAUGGAGUUGCCCAGGCCAUGCUGGCCUCACGGGGAGUUCCGCGCGCAUGGCUCCACGUGGUCCGAUGGGUGCAACACCUGCCAGUGCGUCGACGGUUGGGGCAACUGCACCAAGGUGUGGUGCGGCAGGAGCUCGUGCUCUCUCUUCGCGGUGGCCGACCCCGGCUGCCCUCCGGCCCACACGUGUCGGCCGGCGCGGCGCCGGCACGGCUGCCUGGUGGGGCCGUGCCGAGAGGGGGCCGGCGAGUGCGUGGGGCCGCCGCUGCCGCCGCCGCCCGCCGACUGCCGCCCCGUCCCGCCGCCGGAUGGGGUGGCCGAGCGGCCGGGUUGCGUGCGACUCACGCUGCGUGUGGAUCGCACCCGACUGCCUGCGGGCACAACGGUGGAGCACAUCUGUGCGGACCUUAGGCUCCUGCCGGGCGUGCGGGACUUCUCCUGGGUCUACUCGCUCUUCGUGCUCUGCGAGCGACCCGAAGGGCGCGAAGACGCGGUCGUCGUCGCGAUAUCCACAGACCUCUCGGCAGGGUCCCAGGGGGACGCGGCGGUGUGGGGAGCGGCCACGUUGCUCGCCGAAGCCGCGCGGCGGAGGAGUGGGGAGCGCAUGGCAGCCGUCUCGGACGUGGAGCUCAACUCCAAACGGCCAGACCACGUGUUGUUGGCCGUCGUGGCUUCGCUGCUGCUCGUGCUGCUCGCCACAGCCGUGCUGCUCUGCGUCUGGUGCCUCCGUCGGCGGCAGCGGCGGCGACAGCGGCGGCGGCGGAAGAGGAAGGACGCCGACGACGAAGACGACGAGGAGCCGGUGGCAGCGCCGGACGGAGCAGGCCGCCGAAACAACGCCGGCGCUCCGGUCGCCGGCGGGCAGCCGCCGGCCAAGAUCCAGAACCCCAUCGUGCGGCACCCGCACGCGGCCCCGCCCGCACGCGCCGUCAGCAACAAGGAGCUGGAGAUGAAGCUCAAGUGCAGGACUCACAACUCCGAGCUGGAGCAGGUGGAGAUCGACAAGCUGCGGAGGCCGGCGGGCAAAGCGGACGCGGAGAGCGGCGACGGGAACGGCCUCGCCGCGGCCCAAGCGGAGUGCGAGCCGCUGAGGCCCAACGUGCAGCCGUGCGGCCAACCCCAGAUCCUGCAGGUGACCGUAUGAUGCCCAGCGGGCGGGCGGACUCGAUGAAAGCUAAAACUCACUGAAAACAAUUAAAACGCUGUUGUGAUCUUUCCCUCCGCGGUUAUUAUUUUUUUUUAAACGUGCAGCAGUAUUUUUUUUUACGUUGGUCGUUUGUUGUUUUUGUUGCGAGGGAUUAUAAAAUCAUGCCAAAAGUUGUUGCGCGCUCGAGUGUAGGGGAAUUCAAAUCGAGGGAUUGUUAUCGAAAGUGGUUGUAUCGCGAUGCAGGGACAACGCCUGUGAGCUGAAGCGAGCGUGGCCGGGGCUUGGAGAUGUGCGGAGUUCACCGCAGGGCACAGCGCAGCGAGCGUGCCCGAAUUUUGAAACGAGAAAAAAACAUAAUCAAUCAGCUGUGCAGUUUAGUUUUUUUUUAUAUAUAUUCAGCAGAAGCGGUUUGAAUAAAAUUCACACUUUGCACUUUUUGCUCUCUCAUGGUGUAAGCGGACAAGCACCUACAGGCCGUGCUACUUGCCCGGUCGCGUUUUCAGGGCUUUCACUCCUUGUCCACAAAGCCUCGCGCGCCCUCGCGGCCAGCGUCCCGUGGGAGACGGAGGUGCUGUGCCUUGUUUGCGCGGUCGUUAUAAAACAGGCGGGAGUUUUCCCUCGGCAGUAACAAGAACACAUACUCUCUGAUUCUUUCGGUAAAGUCACGUAGAUAGAAAAAAUCACGAAAGAACACGACGUUUCGGUCGCAACACAAGCGUCCGUCAUCAGGACGCUUGUGUUGCCGAGGGAAAACUCCGUCAUCCGGACGCUUGUGUUGCCGAGGGAAAACUCCGUCAUCCGGACACUUGUGUUGCGACCGAAACGUCGUGUUCUUUUAUUAUUUUUUCUUCUACCUACGUGACUUUACCGAAAGAACCAGAGAGUAUAGAUUCCUGCAGUCACGAAAGCUUCAAAUCAACAAGAACACACCCCGAGCGUCGACAAAUUAUUGUGUGCAAUUGCAUUGCCAGUGGUUGCACAGCUGCGAAUAAAAAAAAAUUACCCAUUCGCCAAUAACAAUUUGGCCUUGAAAGUCAAAAUAUGUAAUGGGCAAUACUUCGGGAAAUGGUCCUUUUUCAUAGCACAUAGAGGCCAGAGAGUUCGAGUCAGGCCCUCUCCCCAAUUUAUCUGCUGGCCUCUCUGUUAACGUGAUGGGCCAUUCCCCCGAAACGUCGGCCUUUGUUUAAGCGCAAAUUCGGCCUCACAGCCGACCCGAACACGGGGUCCGCAUCGCUCUUCCACGCUCCUCACCGCCCCCUCCCCCCUGCCCCCACCGUAACGUCGCGACUGCACCGGAGAGCCACUUGCCUCAGAGUGAGUGGCUCCCUUUCGCAAAGUGAGCCACUCGACCCGGUGACAGCUGGCCGUGCGGCCCAGGUCGCAGCUCGCAGUAAGGCCACUGUGGGUCCCGAGGCUGAGCCAACUUGUGCAGUUCGCGAAGCAGUCGGGCUCAGCGUUGAGAGUUCAUGGGAACACGGCCAGAGAAGGAGGGAGAGAGAGAGAGCGAGAGAGUGGUUUUGGAGUGAAAUAUGGGAAUUGUGACUCGUGAAGGGCUUGCAGUACUGCUGUGCUCCUUAAACGUUGAUGCAGUGAGGCGUCACAAUCUGAACACCGGACCGUUCCCCGUCAGGUGACCUCCAGCUGAUAUUGUCUUAAAGACAAAAAAGCGGAGGAUUCACAUCUCGACGGCGCGGCCGAAAUGCAAGCACAUCGUGGCGCCCAAACGAUUUGGCCCUGCUGUUCGUGCAGAGACGAAGGGCGCUGCGGCAAAAGUCUGGCGCCAACGAUACGCAAAUCUUCUAUAUCAAUGAGUGGCCUUCCCCUGGACACUGCUGUGGCUUCUGCCUACGAGCCGAGUACAUGCGAUAGUGGAGCACGUCCUCCGGUUAGCCCAGGGGUCGGCAACCAAAAUAACAAGAACAGGCAUUUAUUUAGAAAUCGGUAAAAAAAAAACUCUUAUGUCAAGAGCCACGUGAAUAACGUCACGAAGCAGUGCUUCAAGAGACGCCUGAUGCUCCGGAGCCUCAGAUUGCCCACCCCUUGGGUGAGUCCAACACCUCUGCUCAUUUGUUGCCACGUCAGCCUUCCCUUCGCUGGCUACGCUGCCGACUUGGCAGCUAGUGCCCCGCGGAAAACUCAAAAGGGCCUUUGGAAACCGCAGGCAGACUUUAACGUUCAAGAGCUCAUUCAUCUUAGGAGCUUGUGGAACUUUGGCAACAGUCACGUGCGCACACUGGAUUUGGCGUUAAGAUCCGAUAUUUAAACAAUCGUUAUUGUAUUGAUUUUUUUGUUAUUGUUAUUGUGUAUGGCUGGGUGGUGUUGUGAAUAGUGUUUGACGCACAAUCGGAAGGUCGCAAGUUCACAUCCUGGAUUGACCGAGCUAAUCAUCCCCUCCCCCCCAGGAGUAUAUAAAAUUAGUACCACUAGGUGGGAAGUCGAUGGUGAUUGUCCCAGACAGAAAGGCUGGCUCUUGCCAUAGACAUGUAGAAUUUCCACGACUUGGCUCAAAGCCACCAAUGGAGAUGAGCAUUGCCCAGUUCACGCUUGAGCCGGGGAGACGCUUUCAAUCGACCUUCUGCACCGUCAUUAUGAACAUUAAGGUUCGUUUUUUUUUUAAUAACUCUUAACGUCAAUAAAGAUCCGGGCACAUCCGUGGAAUUUCCAUUUUCCCAUUUUAACGGACCGUCACCCGAUUGCCAAGUGCUUCUGAGCAAUAAAACGCUGCUACGAGAGCACUGAGGGCAGUGCUCGCUGGAAAUUCUUCAUCAACACACACUUUGCAUUAAAUUCUGUUUUCAUUGGCCCGUGCAGAGCCCCAACACUCUAUGCCAAUGCUGGAUCCAGCUGCCCGUGGCAAAUGCGUUGCCAAUAACAAUUCCUGAUAGCACGUAAAUGAACGUUACCCCUCGGCUCCCCCCCCCCCCCCCCGCGAAUAUUCACAUCCGAAUAUUUUUGCCCCUCUUGUUUUUUUAGUUCCAAAGUAAUUACUCUCUUUCUCUCUGUGCCUAUGCAUCUAUACCCGUGCAUUUUCAACUACAGCCUUAAAUUUAACACCACUUUCCACCCUUAACUCGUGAAACAGUUUGCUUUCAGUCGCUGUACUUUUUCACACCAUUCGUUUGGUCCCGACUUUGUCCUCGACAAAGUAGUGCCAAACCUUAAAAUAGUGCCUAACCCGAAAGUAGUGCCUAACCAUAACACAUCGCUACCCCCCCCCCCCCCCCCCCCCGGGAGGAAUUGAGAUUUGUUUACUCUGGAAACACUUUCGCGAAAACUGCCCCCCCCCCCACCAAUGGUGUCGUUGCUUCUCCACGCGAGCGAUGAUUUUCCAUGGAGAGCGGAGACGUGGACGCAAACCACCGAGUGGCACCUCCACGAGAAGGCCUCUCGCGUUGGCACAGCGCGCGCCUCCUCUUCCUCCUCCUCCACGGCCGUUGCUCGCGCUUUCGUUUUUGCUGCCGCUGUAAACGUGCAACAUUUCGUGGGUUGGUUCGAUCGUCGUUGGCACCGAUCGCUUCCGGCGAACGGAGGAGCAGGAAAAGAGAGGCGGAGAAAAUUAGAAACGUUUUGGUGAGUUCCCCGCUGCAGGUUUUUUUUUCGAUCGUGCCGCAGAGCUCUCCGAUGCGAUUUUGUCUGUUGCGCGUGAUUUCCACGCGCCUGGGAGCUUCUUCAGUUCCUCGAAGAGGCUCCCAGCGCGUUAAGCGAAACGUCGGAUGUCGUACCGAGCAGCGAGCGGCACAAGCCGCGAAAAGAACCGACACGCAGUUGCACCGCGCGCGGUUCGGCACCAGUGUCCGACGUUUCACUUCGCGCACCGCUGGCAGCUUCUCCAGCCCCUUCGGUUUCCGAAGCAGUGCUCAGCGCGCAGCACGAAACGUCGGACGUCAUGCCCAAAAGCAAAAAAAACACGCGAUACAACCCAAAAAAGAACACAUCGGAGAGUUCGUGAAAAUCUUUCCGACGCGCAGAGCGACACGGGAGCCACUACGGACUUUGCUCCCUCGGAUCCGUGCGGUGCGCGGAAUUUUAAACAUUCGCUGCAGAUCAAUACCGCCGGCUUCCGACGGAGAUCACACACACGGCUCUGGUCGUAGCUCACCUUGUAACGGAUUGCGAAAUUUCUGAUACUUUGCGAUACACGUGCAUUCCUAUUUUAUAAAAAGACUUAUUUAUUGCAGGUGUACAUUGCUUUAGUGGAAUGUGGAGUUGGCCUUUUUUUGUCACUGUACAGGUCUUUUUUGUAAUACCACGAUGAUUAUAGCCGUGAAACACGCGUUGUCUCAAUAAAGAUUUUGUUUUUCUUAUCAUCAA